GCGGCCGCGGCCCGGUGCGGGAGGGUACGGGCAGCCAUGGACAGGUUCUCGUGGACCAGCGGGCUGCUGGAGCUGGGAGAGACGCUGGUGAUCCAGCAGCGCGGCGUGCGCCUCGGCGACGGGGAGGAGAAGGUGAAAUUCGGUAGUGGAGUUUUACUGCUAAGCACACACAGACUGAUCUGGAGGGAUCAGAAGAAUCACGAGUGCUGCAUUGCUGUACCUCUGUCUCAGAUUGUAUUUAUUGAAGAGCAAGCAGCUGGGAUAGGGAAAAGUGCCAAAAUAGUAGUUCAUCUUCAUCCUGCUUCUUCAAACAAAGAGCCUGGUCCAUUCCAAAGCAGCAAAUAUUCCUACAUCAAGCUUUCUUUCAAGGAACAUGGGCAGAUUGAGUUCUACAGACGAUUAUCAGAAGAAAUCACACAAAGGAGAUGGGAGAGCAUGCCCACUGGUCAGGCCAUGCAAGUUAACAAGGAUUCACAGGCAGGAAGAAUAAGGGCCGUAGGAAUUGUAGGUAUUGAAAGGAAAUUAGAGGAAAAAAGAAAAGAGACUGACAAAAACAUUUCUGAGGCUUUUGAGGACCUUAGCAAACUAAUGGAGAAGGCUAAGGAAAUGGUGGAAUUAGCCAAGUCAAUAGCUAACAAGAUUAAAGAAAAACAAGGUGACAUCACUGAGGAUGAGACCAUUAGGUUCAAGUCCUAUCUCCUGAGUAUGGGUAUAGCUAACCCAGUUACGAGGGAAACAUACGGAUCUGGCACAGAGUACCACAUGCAACUGGCAAAGCAGCUGGCUGGAAUCCUGCAGACACCCUUGGAGGAGCGAGGCGGGAUCAUGUCUCUGACGGAAGUGUACUGCCUGGUGAAUCGUGCUCGAGGGCUAGAGUUGCUGUCACCGGAAGAUUUAGUAAAUGCUUGUAAAAUGCUGGAAUCACUGAAAUUGCCACUAAGGCUUCGGAUAUUUGAUAGUGGUGUGAUGGUGAUUGAACUCCAGUCUCAUAAUGAAGAGGAAAUGGUAGCUGCUGCUUUAGAGACAGUAUCUGAAAAGGGUUCUCUCACAGCUGAUGAGUUUGCUAAGCUGGUGGGGAUGUCUGUUCUCUUAGCCAAAGAAAGGCUGCUUCUUGCUGAAAAGAUGGGCCAUCUUUGCAGAGAUGAUUCAGUGGAAGGCUUAAGAUUCUACCCAAAUUUAUUUCUGACACAAAGCUAAUACCAUUUGUGUACAGUUUAUUAUGUGAAAGUUGAACAAGAGAGCAGAGGGCAGAAUCCUUCCAAGAACUGACUUUAAAAUUUUUAUUUUGUUAGUCAACUCCAACAGACAUGAACAUUGCAAUGCUUUUACAGUUCUCAGGUAUUUCAAGUGCUGAAUUCUCUUACAUGGAACUGAAAGAAAAUAGAAAUCACAAAGUCAGAAGCAUGUCUAUUGUCUCAAGACAACUCAUUCAUUUUUCACAUUUUAUUUGAUGUGCUGUGUAGUUUCUCAUUUCAAGAGAAGUUUCCAGACCAGUACAAGUGCAGAGAAUGUCGCUAUAGAGUGCCGUGAGGGUCAGCACCCAGAGGCCAGGGCACUGCAUUCUCCAGCUCGUUUGUUUAUGUCUGGAGCAACAAAGCCGACAGAUGUAUCCACAGUGAUAAGCAAUGAGACUUUGGUGUGCACUGAGGUAUAAGGAGCAAACUAGUGUAGAACAACACCUUCUCCCAGAAGUGAUGAACAGUUUUCUAAGGGAGAAUCUUGGGGUUCUGGAAUUUGAGACAAAAGAACCUGCUGCAAGAGAGAUUAUUUUAUGUCAUGCGAAUCUAGAAAUUACCGUGUUUAUUUUGUCAUAUCUUAUGCUAAUAUCUCAGAUUGAAGCAUUGUUAGCACAGACUUCCUCCCUUCUCUUUCCUUGCCAUCUUCCUUCCUGUCCAUUUAUGUUGCACUUUGGGUGCCCUUUCUCUGUCCUCUCUGUAGCCGAGUGGAGCAGCCUCCUGUCACUUUACCAGACUCUGUGCUUUAAUGUGCUUGUAUUUUACCUUGUACUUCUAACAAGAGAUCAUUUGUUUGUUUUAUCAGCCAAUUACCUGUUUUGGGGAAACAGUUCCUUUUCUUACCUCUCAUAUGUGAAAAUUAGUAUGCCUCUGUAUUGAAGGGAGGAAGAAGACUAUCACCCUGUGUUUAAUAACCACAAGGUAUCAUUGUUUGGUAUUCCUCACCCUCUGUUCACACUGAAUGCAAUAUAAUAGCCUUGGUUUUCAUAACUCCAGUGGAGUUGCUACACUACUUGAAGAUCUGUCAUGAUAGUAACAGUUAAGUGGAUGUUUAUGAUCCACAUUACCUGAAUUUUUGGCAUUUUGAAGUGACUGUUUUAAUAAAUAAAGUUAAUUCAAGGUAUGGGCGAGGACAGCAUGCAGGUAACUGGACUGUGGUUAUGUUGGCCAGAUCAACUUUACAAGAAAAGACAAAAUGGCUUUUAAUAGGAGCCUGAAGAUAUUUUGAGAGCUGUUCCAGUGUUACCGUAGCAUGAAUUAAGACAUGAGUUAAGAGCCUGCAGAGUUCAGUGCAGAGAUUCCUACAGUGAUCAUGCCUGUGGCUUGUAGGAUGUUCUUUAUAUCCAGGGAGUUGUGUCCUCUUACUCUUGUCACAAGCAAACUUUCAUGCAGUGCUUUUUUUAAGGCAAUUUUCCCCUGCUCCACGAGGGUGCUAAACAUCUUUGACAUGGCUGAAGGAACCAGUUCCACACUGUUAUUACUGUGUUAGUCACCUGGUGUCAUCUCUUCAGAAGCCUUACUGCUUUCCUUCAUCCUCCCCACAACCCACAGGAGAGAUCCAUGCAAAGUACACCGAGCACCACACAUCUAAGGAGGGACUGAAAAGUGAGAAAUUUGGAAGCAAAAAGCUGUUUUGUGACAACUGUCUCUUUUGCCCAAUAAAAACCUGUCAUGGGAGGCCCGUGGUUUGUGGGCCUGAACCUCUCCCCACAAGGGGGCACAUCGUGUGCAGGAAGAACAAAACGAGAGGAAAUGCCAAGUGUAACCUGCCACCCUCUGUUCCUCCAACCCCGAGUGUUUCAUUAUCUUAAUUAAGCAAUAAUAAUACAGCCUAUUUAGAAUAAUGGUACCUUCUCAAGCUUUUCUUUUCCAAGAUUUUUCCUUGACUUUGUUCUUCCAGGCAAGAAGUCUAUAGGGUAAAUUGUAUUGCUGGUUUAGAACUUAAACAGACACAUGAGAAAAUGGUUACUAGAAAGUAAGAAAAAAUUAAAACAUUUUCCUUAAUAGAUUGUUCUGUUGAGUUUUUUUCCUUCUGAAUGCUUUAAAUGCCUUAAAAUUUUCACGCAUUAAAAUCUUGUGGUUCCCCGGGGGAGGUUUUUAAAGCACAUCAUAUUUUUGCUGUCUCACUUUGUACCUAAAAGGGUACGAUAUAGUUCUGAUUAAAAGGACAGAAUUAAAUGUAGUUAGAAGGCCUUGCUUCUGUUGCUGAGUAGCUUGUGACCCAUCCCAGCCAGAACAGCCAAACUGUAGGUGUCUACACAAGCACUGCUUUCAUGAGAUCAUACCGGUGUAAUACAGAAGGUGCAUCUAGGAACCUUUCCUGUUUUGAUUCUUCCUAGGAUAUUUGUAUCACGAUAUAUGACCAACCUCAUUUUGCCAGGGCUGCCUACACAAAUAGUGCGUGUCUUUUUAUGGAGCAGUCUUAAAUGAUGUUUGUUUUUCAUUUGAAAACAUGGGCCUUUUUAUACCUCAGACAGGAAAACACUCCUCAGGAACCCGUACAUCUUUGCCUUUGUUUGCAGGAAAAUUAUAUUCAGCCUAUGGAAACAUGGAUCUAAUCUGGACAUAUUUCUGAAGUGCAAAUUUUUUUUCUUCUAAAAAGUAUUUGUGGAUGUGCAUUUGGAAGUCCUCAGAAACGUAUCUUUCAUAAUCAUUAGUGGGUGCAUAUUGAUUGGCUAAACACUUUGAUGCUCAGUUCUCCUAACAGGACUUUCAUAGUUUGUCCAAAGAGUCUGACUGUGCUUCUAAAAUUGGUGUGAGUAUUGUCCCUGAAUUCAUGAGUACAGUAGUAGGAGACAGUAGGAGCCUGUUGCCAACAGUAGAGGUUCCUGCUUCCUGAAGUCUGAGAGGCACUCAUUUGCAGCUGGACAGUUCUUUAAAAAUACAUGCUGAAAAGGCAGUUCAAAAUUAUUAUUUGUGGAUUUGAUAUGAAAUCACUGUUUGCUCCGGAACUCCCUCACCAGUCUAUUUUCUGUUGAGUUCUGUUGACAAAUCUGACAAUUACCUUCCUUCUCCUAUUCUAGCAGUUCCAUUUCAUCCUCACUCAGCCCUUCAGGCAUUCAUGUGAAAUGCAAGACCCUAUAGUUGCAAGUCACCUGCUGGGAAGACUUCAGCUACCAUUUGGUUCUCCAAAGAAUGAGCUACAAGUAUUCGUGCUGAGAGAAUAUUCUAGACAUGUCUCUUGGCAACAUUUGUCUGUAUUCUAAAUAUUUAUUUAAAUACUUUUCUUGGAGCAGAAGUGCAAGUAUCUGUCCUCCCAGACACCUCCCAGGUAGUUGUCCUGUCCAGCAGGCUUGAGUAAUUUUUCUGUGUAGGUUAGAAUGAAGGUAUUAUUCAAAAAAACCCCCAAACAAACAAAAACCCACCCCCAAAAAACCCACACACAUCAAAACAAAAAUUCCAGGAGUGACUGAGAGAUCUUAAGUUUCAGAAAACCUCACAGCUGCUAGUUAGCACACGCUGAUGGAGAGGCAGGCCUGACAGAAACCGCACUGCUUCAUAUCCCUGCUCCACACCAAAGACUGGGUAGGAUCUGGGGUCUCUGCUUUCCCACUGGACUCUGAAUGCUGUGACUUGAGGUUUUCUACUGAUGAAAGAGCACAACAAACCCUGCUCUGCCAUGCUCACAGCAGAGAUGGACAUCAAGUUCAAGGUAAAAAGGGGUGGUACUGAUGGAAUAGUCGAUGUGAAUCUAGUCCUGCUCUGACCACAAGGCUCAGACUGGACUUUUUGCAUUCGAAUACAAUUCCAAGUAUUUUAUGUACUUGUAUUAUCAUCAGUAUUAUCUCAGGAAGUUGUAAAGGUGGGGACUGAUCUAAUCUAAAUGCUGUUUUGCUGUAUUUUUCAAGCAAAGGUCAAAUCAGUGCUCCUGUGUGACUUGCUUCAUACAUGCGGAACACUCCCAGAAACUAAAAGACAAGAGUUGUUAUUUUCUUUUAAUAAAAAAUAAAAUUUUCAGGAGGAUA